CGAGCGCGCCUGCGCAGUCCGCUCUACUCGGUGGCGAAGGAGACGCGCUAGAGGAAAGAUGGAAGACUUACAGGCCUCUGAGGAGACUGCCUUUGUUGUUGAUGAAGUGAGCAACAUUGUGAAGGAGGCUAUAGAAAGCGCCAUCGGUGGUAAUGCGUACCAGCACAGCAAAGUCAACCAGUGGACCACUAACGUUGUAGAACAGACUCUGAGCCAACUCACCAAGCUGGGGAAACCAUUUAAAUACAUCGUGACCUGCGUGAUCAUGCAGAAGAACGGAGCUGGGCUCCACACCGCGAGUUCCUGCUUCUGGGACAGCUCUACGGAUGGGAGCUGCACGGUCCGAUGGGAGAACAAGACCAUGUACUGCAUCGUCAGUGCCUUCGGACUGUCCAUCUGAGCUCGCCGGCCGGCAGCCUCCGCCUCAGCACCCAGUUCAGUCACCACCAGCUACGAAUCGGACACACACCUUCCUCCUCCUCCAGUGUUUUGUGGCACUCUCAAAAUGUAGAGAAAUAAACCAAAUGACCCCACGGUCACAGGACCGCACCGUGUCAGGCACACGAGCAGCCACCUGUCACCCGAGGCUGCCAGCGCCGCUUGUCUUAACUGUCUCUCUUCAAAGGUGCUAAAAAACCGACAUCUGCUAGUGGGAACUUUCUCUACUUUCUGAAAUGAUUCAGAGACACUAAUUUUCCAUACUUGAUACUUUUGUUAGAAUAAUAAAUUAUUCAAAAUUAAA